UGUUAUAAUUAUUAUAAAACGAGCAAGUCUCGUAUAUUUUUUUAUCAUCCAUUCCAUAAUUUUCCAAAAAAUUAAAGAAUAUAAUUAUGAAUGUAAAGUCUCAACUUUCCUUCAUGUAUAUACAUUUUUGACGUAUUCGAAAUAAGGUUAGAAUCAGAUAAAUAUGAUUAUUUUACGUGCCAUUAAGUGUCUUCCUACAUAUUUAUACCAUGAGACUCGACAUUAUUUAAGUAAUGGAAAUAUACCAUCUGGCGUAAAUGGCGUAAAUGGCGUAAAUGGCGUAAAUGCAAUUUCAUCGGUGUCGACACGAGCACAAAGGAACAACAAUGAAAAUCACAUUGUCUGGUUUGAUAUGGAGAUGACAGGGUUGGACGUAGAAAAUUGUCAUAUUUUAGAAAUUGCGUGUUUAAUAACCAAUGGAUAUCUAACACCUGUGAGCGAUUGCCUGAAUAUCGUUAUGUAUCAACCGGAUGAAAUUUUAGAAAAUAUGUCAGACUGGUGUAAAGUACAACACAAGAAGACUGGCUUAGUCGAUGAUUGUCGAUCGAGUAAAAUUACGUUACAACAAGCUGAGGAAAAGACACUAGAAUAUUUAAAUACCUAUGUUUCAAAGAAAAUGUGUCCAUUAGCUGGAAAUUCAAUUUAUAUGGAUCGUAUAUUUUUGAAGAAAUAUAUGCCACUAAUUGAUGAUUAUUUACAUUACAGAAAUAUUGACAUUAGUACAAUCAAAGAACUGGUUAGGAGAUGGCAUCCAAGUAUAGAUAAAGCAGCUCCAAAAAAACGAUAUUCGCACAGAGCCAAGUUUGAUAUACAAGAUAGUUUGAACGAGCUUCACUAUUACAGAGAACAUUUCUUUGGCCAAAAAGAAUAAGAUGAAUAUAGAUAUAUAUUUUUCGUUUCGUUAUAUUGACUGCGUCGAGUCAUAAUCUGCUUAUUUAUUUGUACAUGCAAAACCCAGUAUACAAGUCUGUAAUGAUCACGAAAAUUCGAAUGAGAAAUAGAGAAAUAGGCCUCGAGAAAAAAGAAAUUUUAAACAUUUGUACGCAUUUGGUUGUAUCAAGUACUUUGUAAUACUUACGAAUUCGAGUGAAUGGGAGGAUGAGAGGGCGUGUGUGUCCGCCACUUGUCUCUGUGAGCA